UCUGGGCUGAAGCCCCGCCGUGUCCUUCAGAAACCCGAAGCUAAGAUGGCGGCCGCCGCGGUGAGAAGUCUGGGCUCCAGUCUGGGAAAAAACCUCCGAGAGAUCCGCGUGCACCUCUGCCAGACGUCCGCGGCCAGCAAGGGGGCCAGAGACUUUGUGGAGCAAAACUACGUGACCCUGAAGAAGUCCAACCCCGACUUCCCCAUCCUGAUCCGGGAGUGUUCUGGUGUCCAGGCUCGGCUCUGGGCCCGCUACGAUUUUGGUAAAGAGAGCAGCGUCUCUGUGGAAAACAUGUCCGCCGAUCAGGUGGGACAGGUUCUGCAGACUCUGGCUCAGUCCAAACCUUAACCCGCCCCCCUGAUGGAAGGUGGUCCACACCUUAACCCGCCCCCCUGAUGGAAGGUCCGGUCCACACCUUAACCCGCCCCCCUGAUGGAAGUGGUUCAGUCCAGGAUGGACUCACCUGAGUUCACUGCUCAGUUUAUUGUUUCUGUAAAUGUGUUGAUAUGAAUAAAGCUGAAUGACGUCUUUACUGGU